CCAGCUCCAGCACUUCUGGAGGGCGCACGGGCUCGACAUGGAGCGCUACAGCGAGGAGUGCAGCGCCUUCCAGCGGGCCAGCGAGCCCCUCAUCAACUACCUGGACAUGCAGUAUUUCGGGCGGAUCUCCAUCGGGAGCCCCCCGCAGAACUUCACCGUCAUCUUCGACACGGGCUCCUCCAACCUCUGGGUGCCCUCCAUGUACUGCGUGAGCCCGGCCUGCGAGGCGCACCCGCGCUUCCAGCCCGCCAAGUCCCGCACCUACGAGCUCGUGGGCACCCCCUUCUCCAUCCAGUACGGCACCGGCAGCCUCACCGGCGUCAUCGGCUCCGACCAAGUCACCGUCGAGGGUCUCACCGUGGCCAGCCAGGGCUUCGCCGAGAGCGUCAGCGAGCCCGGCAAGACCUUCCUGGACGCUGCCUUUGACGGCAUCCUGGGGCUGGCCUACCCCGCGCUGGCCGUGGACGGCGUCACCCCCGUCUUCGACAACAUGAUGGCGCAGAACCUGGUGGAGCUGCCCAUGUUCUCCAUCUACAUGAGCUCGAACCCCGAUGCCGCUGAGGGAGGCGAGCUGCUUUUCGGGGGCUUCGACCCGUCCCGCUUCGUGGGCACGCUGCAGUGGGUGCCGGUCACCCGGCAGGGCUACUGGCAGAUCCAGGUGGACGCCAUCCAGGUGGGCGCGACGGUGGCGUUCUGCGCCAGCGGCUGCCAGGCCAUCGUGGACACCGGCACGUCGCUGCUCACCGGGCCCAGCGAGGACAUCAAGGAGAUGCAGAAAUACAUCGGGGCCGUGCCCAUGGAGGGGGAGUUCGCCGUGGACUGCAGCACCAUGAGCUCCAUGCCCGACGUCACCUUCAUCAUCAACGGCGUCGCCUACUCGCUCAGCGCCCAGGACUACCUGCUCAUGGAAUACAGCGGGAGUGUGGCCGUCUGCAUCAGCGGCUUCCAGGGGCUGGACAUGGCCCCUCCGACGGGCCCGCUCUGGAUCCUGGGCGACGUCUUCAUCCGGAGGUUUUACACCGUCUUCGACCGCGGCAACAACCGGGUGGGCUUCGCGCCCGCCGUGCCCUAGGUCGGGCGCGGAGGGAGUGGAGCCGCCGCGGUGCCUUGGACGA